AAAGGGAAUAUGUCACUCAACUGCCGAGAGGGAGCGAGGAAGAAGCAGUGACAGGCUAUAGAGGCGUGAAGGGAGGAGCAAAAAUCCUGGCUUGAGGAGAAAGAAAUCAAGAAUGGAGAGUGGGAGUGAGUGAAGAGUGGAAAAGACACAAAAUUAAAGGACCAAGCAUUAGUACACUCAGAGAGAGAGAGAGAGAGAGAGAGAGAGAGCAGUAGACUGAACAUCCUGUACAUAAAUGACGUGUGACUCAUCUCUCAAGUCACAAAUCUGACUCAAGAUCUCCGCCUCACAAUAAAAAAAAAAAGUACACCACCAGGGAGAGCGAGUGACGAGUGGUGUUGAUGGAAGCUGGGGUGACUGAGUGAAGUGUCUGGCUGUCUGCCUCUACAUAAGGAAGGAAAAAGGACGAGGUGAAGUGCACAUUAAACAUACGUGGCACCAUAACACUCCAGUGAGAUAAGAAAAUACGAAACUAAGAAUUCAGUGGCCAUCGCAUCAACUUAGCCAACGACUGUCAUCAGAUUCAGAGAAGCAACAGGGAUCGUCUCGUCACAGAUAUGGGAAGCCUGAGUGGAGACAACACGAGUGAGGAGAGCAUCGGGGUGGUGGUGGGCGGUGCAGGGCUGCAGGAGGACAGGGGGCGUGGCAGCUCUCCACUAGAAGGCUCCACGCCCCACUCCCCCGCCGACACCACCUACCGUGUGUACAGGCAGCGAUGGUUGGUGCUCCUCACGGUGGUGGUGCUCAACAUCUCCAACGCUGGGCUGUGGAUCAACAUCGCGCCGGUGUCGUACAAGGCAGCGGCGUACUUUGAUGUGAAUAUCACGGACGUCAACUGGUUCAGUCUGGUGUUUCUGUUCGUGUCGAUUCCUUUCUGUUUCAUCUCCACCCUCAGCGUCAACCAGCUGGGCCUCAAGCCUGCCAUUCACAUUGGAUCGAUUCUGAAUUGUGCGGGUGCCGUGACGCGCGCAGUGGCCACGGCGGGCUUUCUUCCUGAAGACGUCGUGUUUCCUUUGUGUUUGACAGGCCAGGUGAUCGCCGCCAUGGCUCAGUCUUUCCUGCUGUUCAUUCCGACGAAGGUGUCCCAGCUAUGGUUCCCCGAGACGUCCCGGGCUGUCUCCACCACCAUCCUGUCCAUGUCCAACCCUCUCGGCAUCCUGGUGACGCAAGUGGUAUCGCCGCUCAUAGUGACGGAGAAGGAAAACAUUCCGACUCUCAACUAUGUGUUUGGCGGACUGGCCAUCUUUUCCCUGCUCACAACCCUGGUCUGCGUCACAAGGUCGAUGCCGCCGACACCUCCCAGCCACAGCGCCGCGAGGGGAGAGAGAGAUCGAGCCCCUUACCUGCAGCAGCUUAAGGAAACUUUCACUUCCGUGCCCUACCUGCUCCUCCUGCUGGCCCUCGGGUGUGGCAUUGCAUUGUUUUCAUCCCUAGCUACAGUGACGCAGCAGAUUCUGUGUCCCCUCGGCUACAACGAUCUUUUCAGCGGCGUUGCCAUGGCGGUGAUGAUCCUGUGCGGGUUCGUGGGAUCAGCCGUGACGGGCGUAGCGGCGGAUCGCACCAAGGCUUUCACGCCCAUCACCAAGCUUUUCUACGGGUGUGCAGCCAUCUUCGCCAUUUUUAUGAUGGAGAUGUUCCUGGUGCCCGGACAGCCUACCCUUGUGGCCAUCGCCUGCGGCCUCUUUGGAUUCUUCGGAGUAGGGGUGUACCCGAUCGGCCUGGAGCUGGCGGUGGAGACAACCUUCCCUGUGGAGGAGAGCAUCAGCACCGCCUUUAUCUUUAUGUCCGGUCAGGCCCAGGGUGUAAUUAUCAUCGGCAUGGUGACGCUCCUCUCCCGUGACCAGCUGGCUAAGUACUCCCACCUAGAAGUGUGCACUGGUGGGGAGAGUUCAGACCUGCGCCCGAGGGAUUAUUCAGUGUCCCUGAUGGCCAUCAUGGGGCUGCUGUCCUUCAUGGUGAUCCUGGUUAUCAUCUUCUUCAACACGCCUUACAAGAGACUGGAAGCCGAGAAAGCCUCCACCAGUAACAUCUCCAGCUCCUCCAACCAGUCUCUCACUGCCACUUCGGGCUACGGGUCAGAGUGUGUCUCCAGGAACACCACCACUUCUUCCCGCGUCUCCAGGCACCGCCCUACUGUGCUCCCCGAGGACGUCAAUGAAACGCCAGAAGGUGGAGAGGAAUACGAGCAAUGUCACCUAUAGUAGAGGGCUGGCACGACAGAAGUGCCAGUGACGGUGCCAGUGCCUGCGCUUCACUCAGUGUUACAAAGACUGUACGUGUGUGUGUGUGUGUGUCGGUUGUGAUGGCAGCGAAUGGUCAGGUCGUGGCAGAGGGAAGCCGGUAAUGCAACACGGCCAUGCUGCUGCUGAUGUUGCUAUUGGUAAUUUGUAUUUAGAGACCACAUGAUUACCACUUCAGUGAAUGUCUCUGUGAGUGAAGCUGCUCACCUGGCGAUGCAGGGGCACGCAGCGGCCAGGCCAGACACAGCCGCGCCACGCCGUCAGUCAUGGGAUAGAGAACAACUGGCUCAAGAUCUCAGCUUCGCGUCGAUUCGUACAUUCCUUUUCGAAUCACGCCUUAACUAUUUAUUUGUCACGUAUUUAUGUAGCUCAUACUUUGCCAUGCAAAUCAAGUUUAAAGAAUACAUGAAUUCCACAUAAUAA